GAUUCACGAAACACUAUUUCCAGUUUAGUUGGUUUGUAGCUGCAUGGGAGUGGAGAAGGUGAUGGUAUUCUUCAAGUUGGGCCUUACUUAACUUUACCUUUAUUUUGGUUUUUCUCUAUUUCUCUGUGUUUUUUUAAGUUUCGUGUUAUUUCCAAAAUGCCUCAACCAACGGAUAACUUGCCUCCUUCACAGCAUUGUUUGGCGCGAGCUUUGUACGAUAAUAUCCCGGAUUCACCUGACGAGCUCGCAUUUCGGAAAGGGGAUACUUUAAUCGUCCUGGAACAGAAUACGGCAAAUAUCGAAGGAUGGUGGUUGUGCUCUCUACGAGGUAGACAGGGUAUUUGCCCGGCUAAUAGACUUCGCCUAAUACCAGGAGUGUACGAAGACACCGGACAGACGAGAGUUUGUUCACCGCAGUUAACAGAAAUAUCCGGCGAUUUUAGCUGUCUUCAAAGACAGGGAAAAAGAAGAAGUUGGCAUGUGCAACCAAACCAGGUGGUAACCCCAAAAAAAUAUAACGACGUGUACCUCUACGACAUGCCCCCGCCUCGCUGCUCCCCCAUCCCCGUGUCAGGCCUCAGCCCCGGCUUCAGCCCCCUCGUGCCCGACUGCUACGACGUGCCCCCGCGCGCCGUCCCCGUCGCCCCCGAAUUUCGCAACUGCACGCGAUGCUCCCCUGCACCCUCCUGCGUCUCCCCCAUCACCCGCGACGAAGCUUACGACAUCCCCCGCUCGCUCCUCAGCCAACCGAGCCCCAUCAGCCCCUCAAGCUCCGCCAGCUCGCUCACGGCGGACUCGCUCAGCUCCUCCAACCGGAGCAGUCUGGCCAACAUGCCCGACUACGACGUCCCGAGACCACUCGCCCGAGGACCCCAAUUCACGCACCCCCCAAUCAACUACGACAUCCUCACCUCGCAAAACCUCAAAGAACUGCCGCUGGAACUGAACUCUGCUCUGGAAAAUUUAGAACGGCUGCAGUCAGACACCACUGGCUCUAUCUCGAAGUUGCUCGGGUUUGUGGGGCCCCAAUGGCGGACGCGGGAAAAACUGGAGAGCAAUUUGAUGGAGAUUAAGCUGGCGGUGAUCAGACUGAGGACGUCGCUGCACGACCUGGCGGAGUUUGGCGAAGGCACCCUAGGCAAUGCCACCAGAGCCACCGAUAAAAACUUAGCAAGUAAAUUAACGCCGUUAGUCGUCGCGUUGAAAAAAUCCGACUCUUUAGUGUGCGAAGCAACCGAAAAAUUAAACGACCAGCGGUGGACUCUCGAUUUGUUAGCGCGUUCCGACGACGAUGAAAAAAACCGAAAACCCGACGAACUCGAACAGUUAGUCGCCUGCUCGCGCGCCCUCACUGAAGACAUCCGACAGAUAGCUUCGUUCAUCCAAGGCAACGGCUUGCUCCUCUUCAAACGCGAACCCCAACCGAACAACAACAACGAGUGGCUGGAGGACUACGACUACGUCAGUCUGGACUCCAAGGAGGCCGUCGCCAAGCAACACGCGGAGAUCCGCGAAGCCCUCCCCGAAAAAUUCAAAAAGACUUACGAUAGUUUAGUUAAGCACGCCGACGAUGUCGCCUUCGACAGUGACCACAAAACCGGCUUGGAUUCGGACGAUAAACAACUCCUUAGUUUCUUUGCAGCUCAAUUAGUAACACACCACAGAAAUUUGACACAAGCCAUUGACGCGUUCUUGCAGACUGUUGAACACAAUCAGCCCCCGAAAGUGUUUCUCGCGCACGGAAAAUUCGUCGUUUUGAGUGCUCACAAGUUGGUUCACAUUGGUGAUACGGUCCAUAGAAAUGUCUCCUGUAAGGAGAUCAAGGAAAGGGCGCUCAAUUGUGCCAACGCGCUGUCCGAUGCUUUAGCCACUAGUGUAAAUAAGACCAAACAAGCAGCUUUACAGUUCCCCAAUGUCACGGCUGUGCAGGAGAUGGUCGACUCCAUCGUCGAUAUUUCCUACUCUGCACGGGACCUUAAAGUAUGUCUAGUGCAAGCUGCAAAUCCAAUGUAAUUUUUUUUGACUGAUUUAGGUGUACAUUCUUUUGAAAUUUUAUUUAUAGUUUCACGAAAUUGACAGUAUUCACUAUUCGAGCUCAUGGCAGAGCCAAAAAACACAAGGACUCGACAAUAACACCUUCCUUGUAUUUUUUGUUUUGUAUUUUUAGUUGUACAAAUAUAUUCCAAUUCCUUUUA